GAAUUUCCAAUUAGAUCAACCACGAUAUGGAGAAUAACCAUGCCACCUACACGACCAUCUAGAAAGGCCAAGGAACGGCAUGCAUUGGUACGUCCUGGUAGGAGACAAAGAGCAACAAACAUCAGCGAAGAUAUUGAGGAACAGGUGACGAUUGUGGGGAAUUCGCCUAACCAAGACACAGCAUCAGCCUCCAGUGCCUUAAUAGCACUGCCACCAUCACCAGCCAUUCCUGGGGUGUCAAAAUUGGCUGCUGAAAUGCUUAGACAGAUGAAGGCAGAUGGACUGAUAAUGAGGUCAGCAAAUCUGAUGGGGCCAACUGUGCCCGUACCUGCCACAUCUACUGCCCCUCAAACCCAUACAACGCCUAAAGCCACCAUGAGGCAUUCCUCCACAGCAAGGGAAGGUCUUACCUCAGUGGAACGGGCAGAACAGGUCGGAGUAGCCAUCUCUGAUGUAAACUCCAGCACAUUUGCCACAGAAGCCAUCAGUUCCCUGACAGGUACACCAGCUCUAAAUAGCAACAAUUUUUCAAUGAACUCGAUCUCCCGCCCUCUUGAUGUGAAUGUUGAUAUACGUUUAAAACAAAAAAUUUGGGCUGAGCAAUUUGUUGAGUUUGGGGCCUUAGUUCAGGUUAAGCAUAAUGAGACUUAUGAGCUCACUAUGGAGGCAAAUAAUUUGGCUUUGGUCCCAAAAUCACGCCCAGUCCCUAUUCGAACAAUGGAUCAAUGGAAUGCAGCAUUCCAAGUUUUUGUUACAAUAGUGGUACAAGGUAAGCCGGAAUUGGCAGCUCCUUUAAUGAAAUAUGCACAUAUUGUGCAACAUAUUGCUAAGAAGGCGGGAGAUCAAGCAGCUAUUGUGUAUGAUAGCAACUUUAGAAAGUGGAGACAGGCAAACCCUCAUCUAUUACCAUAUGAGCAGGCUAAUACUGAGUUGUAUUUAGAGGCAAUGACUUCACAGGCAGCUUUUGGGGCUCGAUCCAACAAGGGGUACACAAAAAGCCAGAAUCAGUCUCAGUCGGGGUCCUCAACGCAACAGCAUAAGGUCUGUUAUGCCUUUCAGAAGAAAGGCUCAUGUAAUAGAGCCAAUUGCUGGUUUAAACAUGCAUGUAGGGACUGUGGAGGAAAUCAUUCCUUUCGGAAGUGUCAGCAAAACACAAACAAAGGUGACUCCACCACAUCAACCAACCAAUCACCUACCAACAGCUCUGGGGGAAAACCCAAAUCAACUCACAAUAAGUAAUAUCACACCAGUUAAAUUUGAUCGGUUAGCACUGUAUUUGCAGGGUUAUCCAAAAGAUGCGUUUCAAUUUUUAGAACAUGGAUUCGCAGAAGGGUUUGCAAUUGGGUUUCAAGGUCCCAGGAGGCAUCGGUUAAGUCAGAAUUUACAGUCAGUUAAAGAACAUCCUGACAUUUUAAGGAAAAAACUUCAAGCAGAAAUUUCGCUUAAUAGAAUUGCAGGCCCCUUUAAAGAAUUACCAUUUCCGGCCCUUCAAAUAUCUCCACUAGGUUUAGUACCUAAAAAGGAAGAAGGAGAGUUUCGACUUAUUCAUCAUUUAUCGUUUCCUUCAGGUGAGUCAAUAAACGAUGGCAUUAGGGAUGAGCAAAAAACAGUCCAAUACGAAACUUUGGAUCAUGCGAUACGGUUCAUUAAUCAGUGUGGAAAAGACGCUUUGUUGGCAAAAUCCGACCUUGAGUCAGCUUUCAGGCUAGUCCCUGUUAAUCCUAGAGAUUAUGAAUUGUUAGGUAUGUUGUUUGAAGGCCUUUAUUAUUAUGAUAGGUGCUUACCGAUGGGUUGCGCUAUAUCGUGUCAGCUAUUUGAAAAAGUAAGCUCUGCCCUACACUGGGUGAUGAAUAAUUAUUUUAAAUCUCCUAGAGUGGUACAUGUGCUAGAUGAUUUUUUGUUUAUUGGGCAACCUUCUUCGACAGAAUGUCGACAGGCGCUGGAUAGUUUUUUACUCUUAUGCCAACAGGUCGGGGUUCCAAUUAAACAAUCCAAAACAGUUCAGCCCACUACAUGUCUUACAUUUUUAGGCAUCGAACUUGAUACCCAUUUAAUGUUAGCAAGACUACCAGUGGAUAAAGUGGAUAAAAUCAGAGCCUUAUUACAGCAUUUCAUCACUAAACCUAAGGCAACACUUCAGGAAUUACAAUCUUUGAUUGGUUUAUUAAAUUUUGCAUGUAGGGUUAUCAUUCCAGGUAGAACGUUUCUACGCAGGUUAAUCAAUCUGACACUGGGUCUUUCUAAACCUCAUCAUCAUGUACGAUUAACAA